AUGCCCCUACGGGACUUGGAUUCCGAAGUAGAGAAUAUCGAAAAACUCUUCUUACUGGGCCUCAGUCAGCCGGCACAAGAAAGAGAUGGCUUGAAGGAACUGGAAGCUAACUUCAAGGAAAGCCGAAGACAGGCGACCUACAGGCUACUUUCUCUUGCGCCUAAAGAGAUCAGCGACUAUUACCAGCAACUGAUUCAGCGCACCCAACCGGGGCCUCAUGACUUCCACUCUUCCCCAUACCCUCAAAUGCCAACGGACAAGAUUGUCGAUUACACAGAGAGCUACAGGCUUCGAUAUAACUCAGCACGGAACUUCAUCAAGUUCAAUGAAGAUCUUGGUCGAUGGAAAACCUUGAGUACCCAGAACCAACCAGACCCAUUUGGCUUGUUCCAAGAGGUCGUUGGUGCCGCAUUUGCCCUCAAGUCUUCCCAAGGGCUGCGCCCUUCUAUUCAAGAAAUUUAUGAUCGAGGUCCGGAUCUGGAUGCAUCCGAAAACACAAUAGACAAUUUAUUUGGGGCUAGCGAGGAUCAUCAAGCUCCAGACCAGCACGACUCUGGCAUUAGCAUGGGCACUUCUGUUGAAGACAGCAUGUACUAUCAGAUGCCAGAUGAGGGCGCCGACAAUCCCUAG